UUUCUCCCGCUCUCUGUGUGCCACUUCAUCCCAAUACCCGCCCACUCAUUCUAGGCGGGAGAGGCACCAACUCACACAAUGGAAAUAGAUUCAUCAUCAUCAUCAUCAUUACCUGUUCCUGUGCCCAAAGAUCCUCCAAAGAUUCAUCGUCUAAACGAGUCCGUGGUUAAUCGAAUCGCCGCUGGAGAGGUUAUUCAACGACCCGUAUCGGCGGUGAAAGAGCUAGUGGAGAACAGUCUAGAUGCCCACUCUACCUCCAUUAACGUUGUCGUCAAGGACGGUGGCCUCAAACUCAUCCAAGUCUCCGAUGAUGGUCAUGGUAUUCGAUAUGAGGAUUUGCCUAUACUAUGCGAGAGGCACACUACGUCGAAGCUGUCCACUUUUGAGGAUUUGCAGUCGAUAAAGUCGAUGGGCUUCAGGGGAGAGGCGUUGGCUAGUAUGACCUAUGUGGCUCAUGUGACGGUCACCACCAUCACUGAAGGUCAGUUGCACGGCUACAGAGUAUCUUAUAGAGAUGGUGUCAUGGAGAACCAGCCGAAGGCGUGUGCGGCUGUGAAAGGGACUCAGAUAAUGAUAGAGAACUUGUUCUAUAACAUGAUUGCUCGGAGGAAGACACUCCAUAAUUCUGCUGAUGAUUAUUCAAAAAUUGUAGACUUGCUAUGCCGGUUUUCCAUUCAUCACAUAAAUGUGAGCUUUUCUUGCAGAAAGCAUGGAGCUGCCAGAGCAGAUGUACAUUCAGUAGCCACAUCUUCAAGGCUGGAUUCCAUCCGAUCUGUUUAUGGGGUCUCAGUUGCUCGCAAUCUAAUGAAAAUAGAAGCUUCAGACAGUGAUCCCUCUAGUUCAGUUUUUGAUAUGAAUGGAUUCAUAUCAAAUUCUAAUUACAUUGCAAAGAAAAUGACAAUGGUGCUUUUUAUCAAUGAUAGACUUGUGGAAUGCAAUGCUUUGAAGAGAGCUCUUGAAAUUGUUUAUGCUGCCACCUUACCGAAAGCAUCAAAGCCUUUUGUAUACAUGUCCAUUGUGUUGCCAUCUGAUCACAUUGAUGUGAAUGUGCAUCCAACAAAGAGAGAGGUAAGCCUUCUGAAUCAGGAAAUUAUUGUUGAAAAGAUACAAUUGGCUGUAGAAUCAAAGUUGAGGAGCUCAGAUGAAGCAAAGACAUUUCAUGAACAGGUACAACACCGGCUCCUGGUGACUCUUGCCCUCCUCCAUCUUCACCUAUUCCGAUCUCGCCUUCAACAGACAAUGCUACUCCUCCCAUUGCCAUCUGAAAAGACGGUGGAUCCUUCUCCAAGUUGUCAUUUGAGUACAAGCAAGGAUUUGAAUGUUGAACCCUCACUCUCUGGGUCAAAAUCACAAAAAAUUCCUGUGAAUAAAAUGGUAAGAACUGAUGUGUUGGAUCCAGCUGGAAGGUUGCAUGCCUACUUUGAAGCCAAGCCUCUUCACCCUCUUGUAAAGAAUUCUACCUUGACUGCUGUAAGGUCUUCGGUUAGGCAAAGAAGGAACCCAAAGGAAACUGCUGAUCUCACUAGCAUUCAAGAGCUGAUUAAUGAUAUUGAUUGCAACUGUCAUUCUGGUCUGCUGGACAUUGUACGACAGUGCACAUAUAUUGGAAUGGCAGAUGAUAUUUUUGCAUUGCUUCAGCAUAGUACUCAUUUGUACCUUGCAAAUGUAGUGAACUUGAGCAAAGAGCUUAUGUAUCAACAAGUUCUACGCCGGUUUGCACAUUUUAAUGCUAUACAACUAAGUGAUCCGGCCCCCUUGCCAGAGCUCAUUAUGUUGGCUUUGAAAGAAGAAGACUUGGAUCCAGAAUCGAAUGAAAAUGAUGACCUGAAAGAGAAGAUUGCAGAAAUGAAUACUGAGUUGCUGAAGGAAAAGGCUGAAAUGCUAGAAGAGUAUUUCUGCAUUUAUAUUGACUCUCAUGGAAAUUUAUCUAGGCUUCCUGUUAUACUUGACCAGCACAUGCCCGACAUGGAUCGAAUCCCUGAAUUGGUACUUUCUUUGGGCAAUGAUGUUAAUUGGGAGGAUGAGAAGGUAUGCUUUCAGACAAUUGCAGCAGCUCUUGGAAACUUUUAUGCUAUGAACCCUCCUUUAUUGCCCAAUCCAUCUGGUGAUGGUUUGCAGUUCUACAAAAGGAGAAGACCUGUAAAUAAUCUCGACAAUGAGGAAGGUCCCACUGAUAUAGCGGAUGGUUCAAAUGAGGAUGAAAUUGAGCAUGAUCUGUUAGCUGAGGCAAAGACUACAUGGGCCCAACGUGAAUGGUCGAUUCAGCAUGUCUUGUUUCCCGCCAUGAGACUCUUUUUCAAACCACAAGCUUCAAUGGCUACAAAUGGAACAUUUGUUCAGGUAGCUUCAUUGGAGAAACUUUAUAAAAUUUUUGAGAGAUGCUAGCUGAAAAUGGAAGAUCAGAAUUAUUCUUUUGUUACUGGACUGAGAGGGGUUGAGCAAUUAGUGCUCUAUGAUUGGUGCAUCUUUUUGACUUCAUAUUGUGUACGUGUUUUGUAAAGAAAUAACCUCUGGACUCUUGAUGAUUUUGGAUACCUGGAAGAUGAACCAGUUUCAAUCUAUUAGACUGUAGCUGAAUUUUGUGGUGCAGUAGAUCACUUACAAAUGAAGCACGAGUGCUUCUACUUCUAGGUGUCAUAAUUCAUCAAACCAGUGCUCAUAA